AGGGCUGCGGGGCCGGAGAGCCGGGCGCCUGGCGUUCCGGGGACCGCCGGAUAAGGCCAGCCUUGGCGGACGGCGCGCUCUGGCCACCCGAAGCGUGGAUCUACCCACUUCAAGGAGCUCAGGUCUUCCUAAGGCUCUAGGACUCUCCACCACCUCCCCAGCCAUUUCUCCUCCGGGACCAAGAUCCUCCUUCCGCUCCUGAUCCUCCAGCCCCUCUUGUUUCACACGGACUGUUUCUUCCAUCAUCACCUCUGUGGUGGAUUUUGCCCCUUACAGGCAGGUACCCCUGAGAAUCAGGCUGGUGGAAGAAGGAAGGAUCAGUGGACCUUACAGGAGGGGAGACUCGAGAUUCCUGCAGGAAAAGUGCAGGAACCUGCACCAUGGCUAUCGGUGUCUUUUGCUUUUUUUCUUUUUUUUCUGAGACGGAGUUUCGCUCUUGUUACCCAGGCUGGAGUGCAAUGGCGCGAUCUCGGCUCACCGCAACCUCCGCCUCCUGGGAUCAGGCAAUUCUCCCGCCUCAGCCUCCCGAGUAGCUGGGAUUACAGGCACGCGCCACCAUGCCCAGCUAAUUUUUUGUAUCUUUAGUAGAGACGGGGUUUCACCAUGUUGACCAGGAUGGUCUCGAUCUCUUGACCUCGUGAUCCACCCGCCUCGGCCUCCCAAAGUGCUGGGAUUGCAGGCUUGAGCCACGGCGCCCGGCCUUUGCUUUGUCGUUGUUGUUGUUGUUAGACAGGGUCCCUCUCUGUGCCCAGGCUAGAGCGCAGCAGUGCUGUCGUGGCUCACUGGGAUGCAGUCACCAUAGCUCCUGUGUAGCUGAGACCACAGACACAGGCCACCAUGCCUAGCUAAUUUUCUUUUUCUUUCUUUCCCUCCUUUCUUCCUUCCUUCCUUCCUCCUUCUCUCCCUCUCUGUCUCUCUCUCUCUUUCUUUCUUUGAGAUGGAGCUUCACUCUUCUGCCCAGGCUGGAGUGCAAUGGCGUGAUCUCAGCUCACAGCAGCCUCCGACUCCUGGGUUCAAGCGAUUCUCCUGCUUCAGCUUCCUGCGUAGCUGGGAUUACAGGCAUGUGCCACCAUACCGGACUAAUUUUGUAUUUUUAGUUGAGAUGGGGUUUCACCAUGUUGGUCAGGCUGUUCUUGAACUCCCGACCUCAGGUGAUCCGCCUGCCUUGGCCUCCCAAAGUGCUGGGAUUACAGGCCUGAGCCACCACGCCCAGGCCAUGCCAAGCUAAUUUUAAUUUUUCUUUUUGAGAUGGCACCACCGUGCCCAGCUAAUUUUUGUAUUUUUAGUAGAGACGGGGUUUCACCAUGUUGACCAGGAUGGUCUCCAUCUCUUGACCUCGUGAUCCACCCGCUUCGGCCUCCCAAAGUGCUGGGAUUAUAUAGGCGUGAGCCACCGCGCCCGGCCACUAAUUUUAAUUUUUUUUUAAUGUAAAAGUAGAGUCUUGCUCUGUUGCCGAGGCUGAUCUGGAACUCCUAGGCUCAAGAGAUCCUCCCAUCUCAGCUCCCAAUAUGCUGGGCUUACAGAUGUGAGCCACAGUGCCCAGCCAACCCAUGGCUACCUUGAAAACCACUUCACUGUCUUCCAAUCCCCCACGCCCAGAGAUCACAAAGCUCUUAUCCCUCAAACCUAGGACUCGGACUCUCCCUACCUCAGCCCCAGGAGUCUAAACCUUUAGCUUCCUCUUUCCCUGCAAUGGAGGGAAAAUGAACUCCCGGCCUCCCUCUCCUCCCCCAUCCCUCCUCAGCCGCCCCUGCUCAACCUCUGCGCAUCUGCUAAUUCUCCUUUCCUCCCCUGCAGCCAUGUGGCCCCUGAGCCAUCGUCACCUCUGUCUGGCCUUCCUGCUAGUCUGUGUCCUCUCUGCAAUCUCCUUCUUCCUCCACAUCUACCAAGACAGCAUUCGACACGGCCUAGGCCUGUCGAUCCUGUGUCCUGACCGCCUGGUGACAGCCCCCGUGGCCAUCUUUUGCCUGCCGGAUUCCCCGAUGAGCCCCAACACCUCCUCUCCCUGUCCCCAGCACCCUGCCUCCCUCUCCGGCACCUGGACUAUCUACCCCGAUGGCCGGUUUGGUAACCAGAUGGGGCAGUAUGCCACGCUGCUGGCUCUGGCCCAGCUCAACGGUCGCCGAGCCUUCAUCCUGCCCGCCAUGCACGCCACGCUGGCCCCGGUCUUCCGCAUCACGCUGCCCGUGCUGGCCCCGGAGGUGGACAGCAGCACGCCCUGGCGGGAGCUGCAGCUCCACGACUGGAUGUCGGAGGAGUACGCGGACUUGGGGGACCCUUUCCUGAAGCUCUCCGGCUUCCCCUGCUCCUGGACGUUCUUCCAUCACCUCCGGGAACAGAUCCGCAGUGAGUUCACUCUGCACGACCACCUUCGCGAAGAGGCGCAGAGUGUGCUGCGGCGGCUCCGCCUGGGCCGCUCGGGGGACCGGCCGCGCACCUUUGUGGGCGUCCACGUGCGCCGUGGGGACUACCUCCAGGUGAUGCCUCAGCGCUGGAAGGGCGUGGUGGGCAACAGCGCCUACCUCCGGGAGGCCAUGGACUGGUUCCGGGCAAGGCACGAAGCCCCGGUGUUUGUGGUCACAAGCAACGGCAUGGAGUGGUGUAGAGAAAACAUCGACGCCUCGAAGGGCGAUGUGAUGUUUGCUGGCGAUGGACGGGAGGCUUUGCCGUGGAAAGACUUUGCCCUGCUCACGCAGUGCAACCACACCAUCAUGACCAUCGGCACCUUCGGCUUCUGGGCUGCCUACCUGGCUGGCGGAGACACUGUCUACCUGGCCAACUUCACCCUGCCAGACUCAGAGUUCCUGAAGAUCUUUAAGCCGGAGGCCGCCUUCCUGCCCGAGUGGGUGGGCAUUAACGCAGACCUGUCUCCACUCGGGACAUUGGCUGAGCCUUGAGAGCUGGGGAGACUUUCCAGAAUAGCCUGAUCUUUCUUUUUUUUUUUUUGAGACAGAGUUUCGCUCUUGUUACCCAGGCUGGAGUGCAAUGGUGCGAUCUCGGCUCACCACAACCUCCGCCUCCUGGGUUCAGGCAAAUUAUCCUGCCUCUGCCUCCCGAGUAGCUGGGAUUACAGGCACAUGCCACUAUGCCCAGCUAAUUUUUUGUAUUUUUAGUAGAGACAGGGUUUCACCAUGUUGACCAGGAUGGUCUCGAUCUCUUGACCUUGUGAUCCACCCGCCUCGGCCUCCCAAAGUGCUGGGAUUACAGGCGUGAGCCACCGCGCCCGGCCUAGCCUGAUCUUUCUAGAGCCAGCAGGCUGUGGCUCCAGAAGCCUGGCAUCUUCUGGAGAAGCUUGUGGUGUUCCUGAAGCCAAUGGACACCCUUUCCAGAGCGAUUCUAGUUGGGAGAGUUGGAGAGAAGGGGGAGCUUUCUGGAACUGUCUGAACAUCUAGAACUAGCAAAAUGUCUUUUUCUGAUGGCUGGCAGGCUAUUCUAGAAGCCACAGUGCCCACCUGCUCUUCCCAGCCCAUAUCUAGAGUAGUUCCAGAUGACUGCCCCCAGGAAUAGGAAACUCUCCCUCUGCUCUUUUCUAGAAAAGGGUUACCUCUCCCCUGAGUCCUCAGAAGACUGAAGGAACACAUGAAUGGUCCAGAGCAAGCAUUCAGCAAUUCCUUUUCUGUGUUUCUGGAGUGAUUCUAGAGGGAGACUUGUUCUAGAGAGGGCCAGGUCCGAUGGCUGUGAAGAACCCUGCAGGGCCCUUCUGGAGGGGAUGGGUUCUGGAAAUCCAGGUAACUAAAGUGAAGAAUCUUUUCGGUUUUUUGUUUUUGGAGACAGGGUCUUGCUCUAUUGCCCAGGCUGGAGUCUGGAGUGCGGUGUCACGAUCAUAGCUCACUGAAACCUCAAAUGCCUGAGCUCAAGGGAUCCUCCUGCCUCAGCCUCCUGAAUAGCCGGGACUACAGAUGCACACCACCACACCUGGCUAAUUUUUGUAUUUUUAGCAGAAUCGGCGUUUCACCAUGUUGGCCAGGAUGGUCUCAAUCUCCUGACCUCAUGAUCCACCUGCCUCAGCUUCCUGAAGUGCUGGGAUUACAGGCAUGAGCCAUUGUGCCUGGCCCAGCUAAUUUUUUUUUUUUAUGUUUUAUUUUUGUAGAGACAAGACCUUGUGAUAUUGUCCAGUCCGUUUGUUGUUGAACUCCUGGCCUCAAGCAAUCCUCCCACUUUGGCCUCCCAGAAUGCUGGGAUUACAGACGUGGCCAAGUGAAGAAUCUAAUGAAUGUACAACUAGAAGCUCAGUGCCCAGCAUUGCUGGAAAGAUCGACAUGAAAGACAAACCAUGUCUAGUUGGCCGGCGUCUUGCUCUGUUCACAGUCUCUGGAAAAACCAAGGUAGUUGGUGAGCAGAGCGGGAGUUUGUCCAACCCGGUCCCCAGUCCCUCAAAGACUUUUUUUCAUUUGUUUCGAGGCUAAAAUGUGAAAGUGGGGUGAGGGAUCACUGCUAAACGGUGCAGCUUCUGGAGCGGAACUUUCCAGGGAAUCCAAGAACACCUCUUUUUUAAAAUAGUAAACUGCCAAGACCUGCAUAUAUUGGCUCUGAGUUCAGGCUGCCACUCACAAUGAAGGAAGUUGGUCUUUCUCUGUAGGUGGGCCGCUGGGGGUCUGGGAUCUGAUUUCUGGAAGUGUGCAGGCAUAAACACACCCUCUGUGCUUGUGAAAAGCUGGCAGGUGUUGUGCUCAUUGCUAAUCACUGUCUGCCCCUGAACUCACGAAACCACUACAUCUGGCUUUGGGCAGGUCUGGGAUAAAAGGAUUUAAAGUUAUGCAGACCUUGGACUCAGCCUCAAACCCAGGCAGGAGGGCGAGGUCUGGCCAAGGUGGACAGGAUUGUUGAGAUCUCAGGAGCCCCCUGCUGUUUUUCGGAGGGUGAAAGAAGAGUCAACUGUGAUCACAUCCCCCGUCUACUCAUCCCAUGCUUCUAGGCUUCUCACAGAGUUACAGGUACAGUGAAAUUGUACAGUUACAGUACAGUUCCCAACUCACCUGCCACAGGGAAGAGAGCAGGAGGUAUGAAUUAAAAGUCCCCAGCACCAA